AUACUGCUCCCCCUUCGACGAGCAGCAUGAGCGCCUCGGUUGCAGGCAAAAAUGCGCCUGCUAGCCCAUAGUGCCGAAGCGAACACGCCUGCCAGCCGACGACCGCUGCCACAUGCGCGCCUUCGAGACCCGACGCAUGUACAGACUGUGUGGGUAAUAUGAAUUCUGGUACUGUGACUCCGCCCCCGGUGGCUACGAUGCGCACACGGCCUCGCCCCGUCUCGCAGCAAGGCGCGAGCCCUCAAAUACGACCGGCCCGUAAAAUAUUCAACUGCAUCGUAGACGACAAGGCGCUAGUGGCUGGAACGAAGCGUGCCACGAGACAUGGCAUACCACAAUUUGUGCGAAAUAACCAGAUUCGCUUGUUCAUCCCUUUGCACGCUCUGGAUGAGUUGAAUCGCCAGAAAAAUGGGACAACGAAACAUGCGGAGGAUGUCAGAGAAACACUCCAGUGGUUGGACAGUGCUACGGACAAGUUUCCCAACGCCGUGGCUGUACAAGGACCAGAAGAAACUUAUGAGAAAUGGUCACUGGUUGAGCGUUUCGCGGUGCCCAGUACCCUGUUCUCUGAGGACAACCACGAUCAUGAACUCGAUGCGGUCGAGUCUAGCGAGCUCUCAUACGAUACUGCGAACAAGACCAGCAUUGCCGAAGACAAGGUAAAGACACCCGUCAGCUCAGGUGCCACGGAUGCCACUCGAUCUCUCUCGCCUGCGUCUCUCCGCAGCCCACGUUCGAGUGCCAGCGCUAUCUCACCCCUGGCCGAUCCAGCAGAGUUGCCAGCAGUACCGCAGACCAAGAGCGUGGCGUCUCUCAAUGCGGCGGCGAGCAAGGUACACUCAUCCAGCGCCAGUGUCCCUGCCGAUCUACAGCCUCUUUUCAACUACAUCCUUUGGCGCAUCCAUCAGGAGCUCGAUCCGGUGGCCGCACUAGAGUCUUUCAUUUUCUUGUGCAAUGAUGGCCGCAAAGCAGGCUUUGCGAAGGGCUUCGAUAUUAAGACUAAGAGACUCGAACAACUUCGCGAGGCGAUAGGUCGGGAAGACCGUGAUUUCAAAAACCGACAAGCUUUACUCAGUCGCGAAAAUCAGAGUGUUGAUAUCGCGCAGCAUAUCUCUCCGGAGGUCGCUCACGUAAAGAAGGAAGACCGACCGAUCACGCCAAAGGAUGCAGUGGAUGCAGUGGAUGAAGCAGACGACGAGGUUAUCUUCAAGCCGCCGCGAGCACCGGCUGCAAUGCUGCAGAAGCCGCAGCCAAAUAUCAUGGAUCCCAACGUGUUCGAACGUGGCACCCAAUCCCAUCAGACGGCGACAAAGCCAGACCAGCCUAAGACGCCCCAAUCCCCCCGCUUCAGUAACGUGCCCGCCCAAAGAGGCUCGCCACGUGGCGGCCACGCGCUUCCAUUUGCCCCUCGCGGCAAUAUGCGUGGUGGUCGAGGCAACAUGCGCGGCAGCAAAUUCAGUCCUCGCGGCCGUGGCAACUUCUCUGGCCGUGGAGGCUCUGCUGAUGUAAAUGACCAAAACGGUACUGCUGUAGUGCCCCCGGCACCCAACGGACAGAUCGACCCUGCCAGCUUCUCGCGUCCCGAAGCUCCACGCCAGCAGCGCAAGUUAUGGGUUCCAACGUGAGAUCCUGAUGUCACUGCAUGUGCAGUAGCUAUCAGACAGGUUGACUUCAUAAGCAACAACAACAAUCGAGAAGUGGGACAGAUUUCGGCACAGAGCACAUUGUGCCUAGGGCUGAUUCGCGAUACUUCAAAUACUGGGACUGGUCAAACUGCACCAUGGGGAAAUUCAACAGAUUGCAAUCAAUCGGGCUAUUGAGCUAUGGCGUCGUGGUCAAGGCGCGAAUGGGCGGCGCGGAACCAGGCAAGUGCAUUAUCUGACACGAGAGGGUGAACGAUAAGGACUCGGAGGUGAGCAACGCGGAUUGCUAUGAGGAUUGUAUGCCGCACAACGCUGUGUUGUGCUCAUCAGUCUAGCGACUUGUUGUACACGACGUUUGAAGGCCGGCAACGGUGACGGCGAAGACAUCAGAGAUCGCCGGGCAUACAUAUAGCACAUUUGUGAAGCACGUGGCAGCGCGCUUGUGAUAGGCUCGGAGCCGAUUUCCGAUGCUGGAAACGUCAUCAGAAACUUGGUUUCCACAUCCACCUGCACCCGCGAU